GUCAUAACAUUGUACGGGGAGUGUGUUGAUGGAUGAAGAUCUUCCCUCCACGGUAAUAGUUCUUUAGCUUAACGGCCUCCCUCGCCGAGUGAUUGGUGCAAAAAACAGUUUCUCUUUGAUACACUGUCCCGAUCAGGAAAUAGGAUUAUAAAAAAAUACACUUCCUUUGAGAAAGUUAAAAAAAAUCUACAAAAAAACUUUUUGUGAGAUAAGUUUCGGUGAUACUAUCUUGCAGACAUGGAAGUACAGUGUUACAUGUUCUAGACAUGCAGUGUUAUGAUAGAUGGAAUUAGCAUAAUUUUGGUUUUCCUGUAGGGAAAAAUUCAGUUUCUAAGUGGAUUUUUAUUGGAUGGUUUCAUUGGAAUAUGAACAGCUCUAACCUACGAAGUAGAAUUCAGUUUACAAAGAGACAAAAGGAUAUUAAUAUUCUAUUUACUUUUCAAGCAGUGGCAACAUCAAAGGACAGAAAACAAUAGACUUGUUUACGAACAAGGAUUCAUUUUAAGAUAGAAUUGAUCCCAUUUAAGCUGGAUAUUUGCACAGCUUUAAUUGAGUUGUUCUGUAAAGAACAUUUUAUGAUCAUUGUGAUUUUAUCAUUCAUGAAAAUACUCGAAUAUGAAAUUAUGAUAUUUAUGACUGAUGGAGUAUCCUCUGAAGUGUGGUAAUAUUUGAAUCGCGUCUCCAAUCAACCGGAUUCAGUGUGAGAGAAAAUUGGUGGGAGAACUAUUUCACAGUGUAUGUGUGUUCCACAGUAGCUUUUAGCAGCUAGGCUGAGUAGUGUGUUAUACAGACCUACACCGUAGUCUACUGGAGUACACAGACAGACAACACAUGUGCUGUGACAGACCUGGCUGUCUACUAAACAGUUACACUAUAGCAGCUAGCUUUCGAGAGUUGCAUACGUUACUACUGCAAGCUAAAACAUUUCGGAUAAAAAAACAGAAUUCGGGAAGCAGUGCACUUGUGGAGUUUAUCAAAACUUAACACAGGAUUUAACUGUCAGGAAAUCCAUCUCUGGUUUGUACUCGUUUUUUCGCUGAGGAAUGUGUUAUAUCUGUAUGAUGUAAACUCUGGGGUGGAACAUUUCUGAACACUAAAUAUUUUCGUAUGCUUUAUAUAACUGUUGGAUCGGGAGAUAUCUACAUAUAAACACUAACUGUCGUACCAUUUUUCGAUACAUGAUUCACUGUGAGGAUUUAUCAUUUGAUUCUCUGUCUGUGUUUCGAUCCCAGUUAUCUAAAAACUGACACUACAACUGUGAUACAUAAUGGGGUGUACUCUCGGAGCGCAGAAAGUUGCAAAGGCUGAGGCCAAAAAGGAAGGAAAACCCAUCAAAAAUAAGGACAAAAAUGGCUCUAACCAAGAUUUACAAACAAACAAGGUCACAGAAACUCCAGAUGAAACUGUAAAGGUAAUUAAUGGUGAACAAGAGGGAGGGAAGGAAACAGAAAAUAAUGAAACUGGUGAUGUAACUGAUAGACAAGUUGUUUCAACACAAGUGAAAGACCCGGAAGAAGAGGGUGCUACAAAGUUUAUGGACAAUGCACAAGAAAAUACAGUCCCAGAUGAGGACUGUCAGAAAAAUGACGGCCCUUCUGUGGCUGUCAUAAAUGGUUCAGAGGCUGAACAAGUUUCUUCAGAAAAUACAGAUACUCCAAAGGUAGAGAGUCAGAAAGAAGAAAGUUUAGGAGAAAUAGGAUCAACGACUUGUCAAAAAGUUGCAGCGGACACUGAAACUCCAAUAAGUACUACGGAGGUUCAGAGUUCAGAGGGACAAAAAGAGGAUAGAAUUGAAACCAUUCCAGCUGUAAGUGAAAAAUCUGAGGAAGUAACACCGUCAGAACCUCCUGUAGAUGUGCAACAAGCUGUUGGUGUAGUGCAGCAAGUUGUAGAAAAACAAGAAGAAGCCACAGAGGACCAGCAAGAACCUGUUGUAGCCACAGAGGGUCAGCAAGAACCUGUUGUGGCCACAGAGGGUCAGCAAGAACCUGUUGUGGCCACAGAGGGCCAGCAAGAACCUGUUGUGGCCACAGAGGGCCAGCAAGAACCUGUUGUGGCGACAGAGGGUCAGCAAGAACCUGUGGUGGCCACAGAGGGUCAGCAAGAACUUGUUGUGGCCACAGAGGGUCAGCAAGAACCUGUUGUGGCCACAGAGAAACAAACCAUAACAAUUACAGCUGUGGAGCAGUCAGAAACAACUGAAGCUUUGGAGGAGAAGGAACCUGUUGUAGAUGUAGAAGAGGAACAACAAGUUCCAGUUGUGAAUGUGGAAGAGAAACCACAAGAACCUGUUGUAACUACAGAGGAGAAACAACCAGUAUCAAUUGUAGCUGUAGAGGUCAAACAACAAGAAACACCAGUUGUAAGUACAGAGGAACAACAUGAAUUGGUUGUAACUACAGAAGAGAAAAAACAAGAAACAGUUGAAACUACAGGGGAGGAACAACAAGUGCCUGUUGUAAAUGUAGAGGAGAAAAGGCAAGAACCAGUUGUAACUAUAGAGGAGAAACAACCAGUAUUAAUCGUAGCUGUAGAGCAGAAACAAGAAGCAUCAGUUGUAAGUUCGGAGGAACAACACGAAACUGUAGCCGAUCAGCAAGAAAUUGUUGCAGAUGUACAAGAACCAAACAUAAAUGGGCCUAAGGUUUCAAUACAAGAGAUAGCGCAAGAGGUUGUUCAAAGCAAUGUUCAACCUGUCGCUGAUGAAUCAAGUCUGCUGGUAGAAACACAGGUAGAGGAAACGAAAGAAGAGAUUGUUGAAAACACUUCAGAAAAUGUACCUGAAGAAAAGCAAUCUCCUGUAGAAGAACCUGUAGGUGAGGACAUGGAGGCCUCAGCUAAAGAGGCAGAAGAACCUGUAGAGUUUAAACCUUCAACUGAGGUUGUGGAACUGGAGCAAGUCCCAGCACAGGAGCCAGACAAUGUGGAAGACAAUAGUACUGAGGUUGUCAAAACUGAAGAAAAAGAAACAGAAGAGACAGAUUCAUCUGUGGAUGCUUCCCCAGCACUGGCAGGAAACAUCAGUGAUGUACCUAAUGAGGAGGAUGUAAUAGACAAAGAAUCCGCUGUAGCAGAAGAAACUAAAAAGGAACAAAGUCAACCUGAUAUUUCGCUAAAUGAUACUGAUGCUGGCUCAUCUGUUGAUGCAGCUCCUCACGCACUUCAAACUGAGGACAAAGAUUGUGAAUCAUCAGUUGAUGCCUUGCCUCCACCUCCUUUGCAGGAAGCAGAAGAAAUCAAACCUGAACAGGAGAAUGAAAACUCCCAGCAAGAAGAUAUUGAAGCAGCAGUCAAAACUGAAUCAUCAGUUGAUGCGCUGCCAGAAUCACAAGUAGAUGAAAUUAAAGAAGGAGAAAAUACUGAUGAAGUACCACCACCUGCUGCUCCUGUGACAGCUGAAGAAACAACGGAGGAAGUUUCAGAAACAAAAGAAGAGGUGAUUGAAUCAUCUGUUGAUGCUGCUGCCCCUCCUCCUCAAGAUGAUUUGCAAAAAAAACAAGAUGAAGUAAUAAAAAUUGAAACAACUGAGGACGUUUGUGAAUCAUCAGUAGAUGCUCUACCACCUCCUCCACAAGAGGAGGAAGUGGCUUCAGAAACAAAACUGGAAGACACAGAACAAGCCAAGGAAACAUCCAAGGAAACUGUAGUAGUUGAAUCUGCUGUUGAUUCUCUUCCGCCUCCACCGCCAUCUCCUCCACAAGAGCAGGAAACAGAGGCCGAGGAAGGAACAUCGAUAGAGGAGGCUGACACACUGCCUCCUCCACCACCUUCACCCGUGGAAACAAAACCUGAAGAACAAACUGAAGAAGUGUUAGAUUCUGUUCCUCCAGAGGUUGAAACAGAAAGUGAAGCAACAGAACCAACAGAUUUGCCAGCAGAAUCCUCUGUUGACAGCCUUCCACCUCCACCUCCACCACCUCAAGAAGAAGUGUCAUCAGAGGCAGAGGAGGGUGCAGGGUCUCCAGUAGAUCCGGCAGUCUCAGAUGAAUCACAAGUAGCUCAAGCUUCACCAGCGGUAUCUGGGGAGUCACAAGCCCCUCAGUCACAAGAGGCUGAAGGGACAGGAGUCCAUGAGGAACAGAACAAUGCCACAGCAUGUGAUAAGAACGAAGUAAAGACAGAGGUUAUUCCGAAUGGUGAGGAAGUUUCGAAGGAGGACAUCCCAGAAUGCAACUCCAUAGAAAGUGAUGGGGAAGUGGAGAACAACUUGGAUGAUGAAGUUGAGCUUGAUGGAGAGGUAGGUGAAGAUGAGGUUGUUGUGGAACCUUCUAACAAGGAUGAACAGAGUGUCAGUGACAUUACCAAACCAGUGCCAAGCGAAGGGAGUGGUAAAACGGUGGUAGACAAACCACUGGCUAAUGGUGACCAUUCUGAGAAGGAAGAAUCUCAGUGCGUGCCAGCCCAAGAGGCACAAUAAUUGGAGUAUUUCUUUUAUAUGAUUGUUGAUAUUUUGUAAGAAAAGUGAAAAAAACGUGGAAGUGCUACCAUUGUCAAACAAUGACCAUUCUUAGAAGGAAAAUUCUCAGUCUGAGUGUGUGCUGGCCCCCUAUGUUACAAUAAUUGGGAUUAAUGUUUUUACUGAUUUUGAAAGGAAACAAUCAAAUCUAUUGAAUAGAUUACAAACAAUAUGAUGAAGUGGUGACAGCCAAUGUGCUUUUUAGUUUAUAUGUAUAGGAUACUUUCAUGAUACUUAUAGCAAUUCUUCAAAGUGCUUAUAAAGUGACAGAAUUAAACUAGAAGGAUAACUACAUCUAGACAGAGAUACGGAGGAAGGUGAAAUGGAUUACCUGUGUUCAGUGCUAUUAACUUUGAUUAUAAUAGAAUUACAAGGCUUUAACCGUGUAAAGGUGACUUAUUAAGCGCAAGGAUAACAAUUAUCAGUCUCAGAAACUAAAACUAACCAAGGAACACAGAAAUAUGCAACCAACACAGCUGAAUGAGAAAGUUUAACUUAAGGAAUUAAAUACAAAAAUUGAUGUGUGGUAUUUGAUCUUUAGGACUUGGUUAUAUCAAAAUUAAUUCUAAUUUAUUUGAGAUGUAACACAACAUUUGAUUGGUCAAUCAACAUAAUUUGCAACAGUAUAAACACGACAUAUCGUCCACAAAUUUCAAAAUACAGUAGGGUUACUGUUAGAUUCUCCGACAUUGUAGGAUCCCAGUAACACACUGUCAAAAACAGUCAAUAUUCAAUGAAAACUGAAUUUUUAGACAUGACUAUAUCAUUGAUAAAUUAUAAUUUUUGAAAAUAAAACUAUACCUUGUGGAACUUUUAUGAAAAAUGUUACAGAGAUGAAAUAAAUCAAACAAUCACCACCAAAAGCUGUCUGAAUUGACAAGGUUUCUACACACUGAUGGUGCUCUCCAUGCACUGGGAGUUUUGUGUUAGCCUUCUGCUGUUUUUGGCACCCUUACAAGAGGACGGCUAAUUCAACAAAAGGUAGAUAAUUGUGUAUGAAAAUCUUUAAAUUGGCAAAGAGCUUGCACUGAGUAUGAUUUUGUGGAAGACCAAGUGGAGAGCCAGUUGAAUGCUAUACAAAACAACAUAAAUCUAAAUAUGAUUGGAAGGAAAGUAUAAAAAAUUAAUAUUUUUUUUCAUGUAUAAAAGAACCAGUUGAAAAUUUGUUUUCAAGUGAUGUAGUCUUUUUAUAGAAAUCCACAUCAGCUUGCCUUUUUAUACAGAAAUCCAUGUUUGACAUCAGACAGACUAUGAUGUUAUAUCAGUGUAUGCCUUGAUAAUCAAGUUGUGUGCUAUUUUUACUUUCACACAUCACACAUGUAAAAUGUCAUAGAGAAUGAUUUUAAACAUGGAGCUAGCUUUGUUUUGUAGUGUAAAUUUCAUGUUUGUAAUGUAACCUUUUGACACUUACUUUAUUAUAUCUGUCACAUUGAUAGUUGGAGUGGUUUAUAUUCAUAUUUCCAUGAGGAUGAUUCUAUUUCAUUAUGAUUACCGAAGUGCUCUUUAUAUCAGGGUUGGGUUGUGUCAGCUAGAUUAACCAAACAGGUGGCUACCAAUUUUAAUAUUUUUUUUAAGAAAUGUUGCAAAUAAACAGCAUAAAAAGAAUCAUAAAGUUGAUCUAAAAAAUAACAGAAAUCUUUGUAAAAUUUAAAAGAAAAAAAUGAAUAAUUACAAAUAUUUUGCUGGGAAAGCUGACAUAGCUUAAUUUAUAAAGCUUUGUUAGCUUACUAAAAUAAUAACUUGUUCACCCCUGAAGGCACAUUUGAACCCUUCCAAUUGAAAGGCUGGAUUAUUUCAUUUUGAAAGUUUAGGGGUGAAUGAGUUAAUGUUACAUUUUAAUCAAUACAAUAUUUUCUUAAUUAUCAAUAUAAAAAUAACAAAAUAGGCAUAUUCUGGUAUUUAAAAUGUCCGCUGUCACAGAUAUUUCCACUUAAGUAAUCAUACAUGUAUUUCUGCAGAAAAAACCCAACCAAUUUGAACACUUGACAUGAAAUGUCAUAGUGCAAUGAAAGCUAAUUGGUACAUUACUUGUCCCUGGUGAAAAUUUCCGGUGAAUUUACUGCUGUGCUUUUACAUAUAUUAUAAAGAUGCAUAUUGCUUAAAUUUGACAUAGUCUUGUUUAAAUGUUACCAUUUCUGGGGUUUUUUCUGACAGAAUUGUAGGUUUAAACAGCUGUUUGAAUAGAUAUAAACAGUAUUUAUUGUACAACAGUUGCAGCUGUAUAGUGUAAUGUAAUAGUAGUAUGACAGUAGUAUGACAUACUGUACUUAUAAUUAGAGAGAACAACAUUUUACACAAAAAAAACCAGAAAUGGCAACGUGAUGGGGAGGAAGGACUGUAGUGUACAAAGUAUAUAUCAGCUUUUGAUUGUGUAGAAUGAAGUGUUUCAGGAGAGCAGUGUGGUGUGAAGUUGUGAGAGGGAAAGCGUGGCAUGUAAAUUAAUCAGUCGAGGAUACUGUAAUAUUUAGGUUUAUUAUCACGGUGCUAUCAAACAUUCGUCCUGUUGCCGUAACUUCUCUCAGUUCCUGUAGUUUUAUAGGAAAAGUAUCUGUCAUACAGCUUAAUACACAGUAUUUAUCAAAUAUGGACGUUUGUCGAGGUCCAUAUAUUGUUAUAUUAACCUGAUAGAGUGAUUCGACUGGGGACACAGUCCAAGGUCAAUAUUACUGAAUCAAAUAACAAUAUAUUAACCAAGACAAAAGUCCUUGAUUUUUAUAUUACAUAUCAUAUCUUUAGAUACCAGGAGAUUUUGGAUAUCAAAAUAGAAUCAGGGGAUGGUUUUGGGAAUGAAAUUUGGAUCUAAAUUUAGAAACAUGAGGUUAAUAUGGUCAUAAGAAUCAAGGAACCAGACCAUAUGUAAUAUUUUGGUAUAUAUAUUACACUUAGGUUGAUUAUUUUAGCCAGAAAAUGAAUCUAAUGUUAAGACUUCUAUGUACAAAAAAAAUCAUUGCCAGUGGUUUAUCAGAAUGUGUGAUGGAAAUUUCUACAGAAUGUAAUUUUGAUUACUAGACUGAUUUUGUUCUACUACAUAUAGGACUCUAUGUAAUUUGUAAUUCUUCUGCAUAAUGUUACUUUGGAUUGCUGCA